AUGCCGAGCAUCAACUUCUCCCCUUACGCACCGCGACGCCGCCGCUCGCCGCGCGUGGUCAUCACCUGGGUCGCCGCAUGGCUCACGGUCCUGACGCUGACGUGGUGGAUCGUGACGCGGCGGUCGUCCGCUGGCCUGACAGCAGGCGGCGGCGGCGUGGACCAACUCGCGGCGGCCGACGCCGUGAUCAAGGGCAAGGAGGUCCCUCCCGAAGCUGGUGCCUGA